UGGACCCCACUUUUCUUGGACUUCUUUCAAAUUCCAUUGGACCACGCCAAGUUGAGUGCUCCGCCAGAACACGGCGCGCUACUCUUAAAGCACACGCGCCACGAUUCUGUUGGCUUCUUUCGCCCCGUUUUAUUUCCUCUCUUCUCGCCGGUUGCAUCUCCACCCCAAUUCGCAUGCCAUCAUGUCCGCCGCUUCUCUCGCGCCAAAGGCCUCCUUCUGGUGCGCCGCAUCCCCUGCGAGGGUUCCGGGAGCAGCCGGUUCGGCGUUCGUCGACGCCCCUAAGCUCGGCAGUUCUGCUCCGCGAUGUCUCGUCGGUUAUAGUGAAUCCUCGAGGUUUUCGACGAUCGCCGCGCCGAGGAGGCUGAGGCGGAGGUCGCAGAGCUCGCGCGGAGGGAAGUUGGUCGUUUCUGCGUCUUCCAAUACUCCUGAAGCAAUCACUGCAACUGCCUGGAAUGUCUCUGUUCUUCAAAGUGAUUUGCCUGUUCUUGUUGAGUUUUGGGCUUCUUGGUGUGGACCGUGCAGGGUAGUCGCUCGCAUACUGGAUGAAAUCGCACCGGAGUAUGAAGGAAGGAUCAAACUCUACAAGCUCAACACAGAUUACUAUCCGACAGUUGCAUCUGUUCACGGAGUAGAUCGCAUCCCCACUGUCCUCUUGUUUAAGAACGGCAAGAAGAUCAAGAGUAUCACUGGCACUCUGCCCAAGUCUUCCUACGUUGAAGCAAUCGAUCAAUUGUUGUAUCACUGAAGAGUGAAGAUGCUACUGAUACACCAAACAAUGUUCCUGGAGCUAUCUUUGUCUCGCUUUCUGCUCGAGGUGAAACAGGAGCCCUGAAUCAUGUGUUUGCAUAUAUCAUUCUUAUACUUACCUAACAAAUGUAACUCUCAAAUUAGUUUGAGCCUAAAAUGAUACCGAUGGAUUUUUUUUUGGAAAUACAGUUUUUAUAUCAAUUGAAUUGGUAUGAAGAUUGAACUACUGUCAAUAUUAUCUUCAGACUCGUGCAUUCUUUA